GCUCUUUCUCUAAUAGGAGCAUUUCUUGUUCCCAUUUCCGUAUCGUAUUUCCCACGGUGGAUACCCCUUUUGACAAGUCUUUCAGCCGCGUUCGGUGCCUUGUUUGAGGUGCGUUACUCUCGCGACUAGCGUCCAAUACUGACUUUUUGGCCGCCAGAGCCUUGCUACGUACUCAAUGAUGCCGUACCUGUCUUGGGAGUAUGUCACAGCACUAUGUCUCCCAUCUAGUCUCGGAAUACUAUCAACCAUAAUCACAUUCUCUUUUGUGUUUGAUGACAUAGCUCCAGCGGAGACCAUGUGCAUCGCCCAAUUCUUCUUGCUGUUAGGCGAGAUCACAUUGAUGAUAUUUUGGUACCGAGCACGCGGACAGGGCCAACAGAGUAGCAGAGAGGGACUAGGAGAAAGAAGGCCAACACGUAAGGAAUCCAAAGGAAAUGAUUUCAUAAGUCGAAGUAUCAUUCGUCACGGGAUUUUAGCUGUCCUUAUUGUCGCCAUUAUACCAGCUAGUGUGUGUACCAAUAAGGGAAUACCGUACUCACUAUCUCUCACCAUCUUGCUGGCUUUGUAUAAAACGAACACCUUGUUUAUGACGUUACCUCCAGCAAUUCGGAUGAUCGUUGCGUUAAUUAAUGCCACACGGAACAAAACGCACGGUGGUCGAGAGGCCAACCAAGAGCAUUCGAAUUUCGGUUCUGAGGAAAAAUCUCUGGAUUCUUUCGACGGAAUAAACGACCGUCCGAUGAGCGGAAUGAGCUUCAUGUGCAGAGGCACAUUUCUCACUUCGUCCAUCCCUCCUCCAACUCAAUUCACAAGUCGUGUCUAAUACCUUGCUCUCUCCGAAGUCAUCUUUAGGCGCCUGCCGUUUGUUGUUGUACAGUGCGCAAACGACUGGUGGGUCAGGCUCCAAGAAGAGUUCUGAUUGAUCGGGAUGCAGUUUUCGUGCUGGGUUCCAUGAUAUGACGUAUCUACUUGGGCGAGUCCGGAAUUUCACUGUUCGUUUCGGAU